CUCCUUUAUUCACAGAUGUUUUAUCUUAGUCCUGUGUAGUUUGGAAAGACAUUAAAGUGUUUUUUUCCAUGUGAUUAUUAUUUUUGUCUAUGCUGUUCUCAUACACUCCCACUUCACAAAGCACUUAAUGAAUAUUUGCAGGUGAAUGCUUUUCUAGAGUGUAAUGAUUGCCAAUCCCCUUUAGCAAACAAUGAAAAGAAGCACUAAAAUCAGCUUUUUGUUGGCAUACGCAUACUACUAUCAAACUGUAGAGGUGGAAAAUAUAAAUUAUGAUAAAACAAGGAUAAAAAGGAUGGAGGAUAAAAAUGCAUGUGUUUUUUUAUGUUUGUAUUUCAACUCACCAUCCCUUAGGAAAGAAAAAUAAAAAAUGAGAUCUCUUUAACAUCCCAAAAGUUUCUCCUAGACAAAAGUGAGGUUACUUUAACAACAAAUAGAGACUUUUUGCUUGAGCUUUCUGCUUCUCAGACUUGUCUCCUGAGACAAAAACUCUAACACUCUCACAAUGGUCUCUUUUAAAGUUUUAGAGAUCUCAGCAACAUCACACACUGUGUUCAGACAAUAAUAAGGAGAAUUGUCUGAACACAGUGUGUGAUGUUGUUGUUGUCUCUCACACUGGAUCUCUCACAUUUGUCUCCUGUAAAGAUUCAGAAGAGAUCUCAGCAACAUCACACACUGUGCUCAGAUUUUUCUCCUACACUAAAGACUCCAAUGGUCUAACACUUGUCUUCUCUUAAGUUUUAGAAGAGACCUCAGUAACAUCACACACUGUGCUCAGAUUUUCUCCUCAGCUAGAGAAAGCUCUCACAUUUGUCUCUUAAAGUUUAGAUGAGAUCUCAACAACUUUACAAAGUGUGCACCAAUAAAGUAAAAAAAAAAAAAAAAAAAAAAAAAAAAAAAAAAAAAAAAACAGUCCAUAAUUUCAGUGUUUAAGCCUAUAUUAAGAGUGAAAAUAUGCAGAAAUAAGGUUAACAUUACCCUUAAUAUGUUGUUUGCAAUCACGUGGUUCUGGUGACGCGCGAAAAUCCGGUGGAGGGCAAGCAGUGAAAAUUAGAAUGGAAGAGAUGGGGAAAAGUCCUUUCUUUGCUGGUUUAGAAAGGUAUAAACAGAAAAUCACAACAUAUGUUGGACGCGAUCCUUAUGUUAUGAAGAGGAGCGACUUUUCCGCUGAAUUAAAACACUGUCCUGACAUCGAGGAGACAGAUACAGAGGAUGUGAAGCUGUCGUCACGCCGCGUUCUGAGGGCUGUUUCAUAAAAGAUGCUAAGAAAAGCGAGGAUUAAACUCCCAAACCUGACUUGAAUUAACCUAACAAAUGAGUUUGGGCUAAAACGGUUUCAUAAAAGGUUGAGUAACACCAAAAAGCAGGCUGUCCAUACCGUCAUGGGCAUCUGGAUGGUGUCGUUCAUUCUGUCCACCUUGCCUGCUGUGGGCUGGCAUGAUACCACAGAACGCUUUUACACCCAUGACAACUGUCGCUUCAUUGUGACCGAGAUUGGCUUGGGCUUUGGCGUCUGCUUCCUCUUGCUGAUCAGCGGGAGUGUGGUGAUGGGCGUCAUCUGUAUUGGAAUUGCCCUCUUCCAGACCUUUUCCAUCCAGAUGGGCCAAAACGUGGACAAGAACAAAUUUAAUGUUCCCACCAUUGUAGUGGAGGAUGCUCAGGGCAAAAGGCGUUCAUCCAUUGAUGGCUCAGAGCCCAUUAAGACAUCGCUGCAGAUCACCUAUCUGAUCAGUGGAAUAGUCUUCAUAUACGAUUUUCUAACUGGAUUCCCCAUAUUGGUGGUGAGCUUUGCCAGCCUGAAAUUUGACCGCUCUUACAGCUGGAUGGUCCUAUGUGUACUCUGGUGCUCCAUAGCACAAUCAAUCCUCCUUCCCAUGUUCCUGUGGGCUUGUGACCGCUACAGGGCAGACGUCAAGAUGGUCUGGGAGAAAUGUGUGGCCAUCAUGUCCAACGAUGAAGUAGAUGAAGAAAACAGCCAGGAUGGAGGCAUUCAUCCGGACUUAAUAUUUGACAGACCAUUUGACUAUAGCUCCGCUGGUGAUAUCAUGACGGUAGACCGUAUUGCCAAAUACGAAUUCUCAACCUUAGAAAGGGGGGGCCCCCAGGGUUAUCCAUUGAGGGAGCUUCAGGAAGAUAAAAUGCACUAUUUGCAGGUGCCCCCUACAAGAAGAUACUCCCACGACGAAACCGACAUGUGGACCACCGGUCAGAUCCCGUCUUACCUACAUCGCUGGGGCUCCACAGAGGACAUCAUUGGCAUCCCUCAGUGCAGCUUGCCACGCCACGAGAGACGUCGGAGCAGCCCGGCACCCUACCACGUGGAGAGCCACCCUCACCGCAAAAGGAGGCGAUCAGAGGACAUGCAUUCACUCAAGCAGAUUCCACGAGUCGAGCGUUAUGAGGACGAUUUCAAGUGCUUUAGCCGCGACGAAGUGAUUAAGUUCAUCGACGAGACACCGCUGGCUAGUCCAAUGAGGAGCCCGCGCCGAGCCUCUAAGAUCUCUCUUGUCCCAGAGACGUUCGAGCAGCACAUCGUCUUGUUGCCGCAUUUCCCGCUCACACACUUUGAGCGCGAGCCUCAAGCGUUGAGGCGCUUCUCCGACCAUGGCAAAGGAGCCACACUAACUGAGAUCCCUCAGGAUACGCCAGGAAAGACGAAAGAUGGUAGCGAUGGCAGGAGUGCAACUGGCGAAGGAUCAGGCAUUAAGGGAUGCAUUGAGCAUAGGCGUGAUGCCAAGCGUGCAUCAGAGCUGGUUCUUUUGGGCCAGGGUGGACGGACAGGAGAUCAGUCUUCUUCAAGUAUUAGGACACGACAGGUAGAUGCAUCUGCUUGGGUGGAACAGAAACACCUGUCCAAAGGCGAAAGCAAAGGAAGCACAAAUAGUUUUAUAAGUUCACAAUCUGCAUCGUCAGGCUAUAUCACUUUUCACUCUGAAUCCAUAGGAUCCACAAACUAAGGAACAGUUUUAUUAGUAUUAUAAAAUAGUCCCUGAUAUGCUUAUUAGCAUUAAAGCUUUGACUAAGUGGAAUGUUUUUGUUAUCUAGGAACAAGGCUUUUUGAGAUGUGGUUGAUUCAAAAUGGCAUAGGGACAUUAUUGGUUUGUUGUUACUGAUACAGGGCUGGAUUCAGUAGGGCCAGUUCGCCUCCAAGCCAAGAGAAGCUGAACAAGGAGUUAAGAGUCCUGAGCUUAGCACUUGAAGUGUGAGAUGAUCACAAGGCCUUCUACUCAUAGAUGUGAGCUUUUUACUGAGGCCCAUAUCAUAUAAGACAGUUUUCAGCUUUUAUGUUUCAAUGAUAAUUUAGUGUUCUGGUCAAAAUACUGCCUUACUUGACUAAGGAAUAAGGGCCUGUUCCAUCACUUUGUGUAGGUCUAUAUAGGGUAGGCCUGGGAGUUCAUGCUUUAUUCAAAUAUGUUUUAAAUUUCUUACAUUCAUGUCUAAAGAUGCAUAUUAUGUUUAGCCAUCUAAUAUUAGCCAAACAAAACAUAUGUUUCCUUAUUUUUUUGGCAAAUUGCCCUUGUCUGUUAUUACAUAGGGGAAGAGGUGAAUUCAAAGACGUGUGUGCCCAAUAGACCAUGAUCCAAAUAAUUUUGUAGCGAUUUAGCAUUGUAGGCUAUUGCCUUUGAGGGGAUUGAUAACAGUUUGCAGAUUUCUGAUUUCAGAUUUUAUUCCCUGCAUUUAAUGAAACCUCAAAGGUCAACUUGGUUGUGGAAAAGGUUAGCAGUUAAGUUAUAUAGUGUUUCUUUACAACACUUUAGCUCACAGAGCUUUUAAGCAGAAUCUUUAACUGUGUUUUUGUUGUUUCUGGUGGUGUGGCAUGUUUUUAACAUUUUUGUUUUUAAUAUUUAAGUAAAAAAAAAAAAAAAAAAAAAAAAGAUAUUUUGUUAUAUCAUUUGAAUUAUCAAUUAUCAUAUUUUUGAAGCACAAGGUUCUCUUUGUAGAUCCAGACAUGCUUGCCAAUAGCCUAAAAAUGUUUAAUUUCACAGAUAUGUUUUUAUAAGUUUGUGUUAAGUGCUUUGUGAUGAUUGAAAAUGUAUAUCCGAUGCAUUGUUAUUCUCAUGAUUACAGUCUUAUUUGUCUGGUAGCCUGUAACAAAGUAUGAUAUAAAAAGUGACACUAUUUAAAAACACCCAUAACCUGCACCGACAUGCAUCGACAUGCACUUUUUACAAAACAAGUGACAUAAUCUUGCCAUAUUGAGAAAAGGACUUUUUGAAAGCUGGUGUUAUUUGAUUUGUUAUACUGUAGUAGACAUAACCACUAAAUCAGAAUUGGAUAUUUGUUGUAUUUUAUGUUGUAUAUGACCACAUUUUCUACACUUGUCAAAAGAUUUCAGCUUUUUAAAUGAUUUGUUUUUGUUAAUUUAUAUAAAAAAUCGAUUGCUUGCUGCCAGCAUGCACUUUUGUAUGUUUCAUACAGCCAGAAAUUGGUGUUGAAAUAUCAAUUGGUGCUGGAUACCUUGGCAGCUUCAUGUGUGAUCCACUAGGACAUUCUUAAAAUUUAAUGUGGGAAACUGCAGAUUGCCCCUCAUAGUCUAAUAUACAUUAAGGGCAUCAAUAAGUCUUCCUCCUCCUAUACUCAGGAUGCCCCCCCCCCCCCCCCCCCCCAAUUAAUUAACAUUUGCUUUUGACAACAUCAUUGGGAUGACUUUAAAAUUAAUGUGUCUAAAGGAUUGCUACCUGGUGGAAAAUAUACAUUGACUAAAAUCAAGACUUGUUUUAUAUAACCAUUACAUAUGAUAUAUUUCACAGUUAUCUAGCAUAUGUAGCACUGAAACCUAAACAUGCCAUAGAUUUGAGCCUACAUUUAUGGUGAAAAUGAUCACUAUUGCCAUAGCACAGUGGGUAUUUUAAAUAAUUUUGAAUAUGAAUGCAAAUAGACUUGUUCAGUUUCAAUAAUAUAAUGAAACUUUAAAGCUACUUCAAAGGUUACAAGGCUGGUGUUGUGUCCAUGCAUUAAGUGUUAAACUCUCUUAAUUGAACAGAUUUAAACAUUUGUAUCUCCACCUAUAGCAAAGUGUUUUUGAUUACUGAUGUUUUGUUGUUGAAUUAAUCUCUCUCUCUCUCUCUCUCUCUCUCUCUCUCAAUUCAAUUCAAUUCAAUUCAAUUCAAUUCAAUUCAAUUCAAUUCAAUUCAGUUAGCUUUACUGACAUGACUGUGUAGAAUAGCACAAUGUUGCCAAAGCAUUAAAGGCACAGUAUGUAACUUUUGCUGCUAGAGUUCGCUUAUUCAAAUUAAUAACAAAGGCAUAGCUUGAUGACACCAUGAAUGAGUCAUGAAUCUUCAGGAAUCUUCACCUCCACAGCCAAUGGAAAGCAAUCUGACAGGACUCAGGCAGAAAUCGUUUUCAUGGAUGAGCUAAAAUAUUAAAUACUAAUACUAAAUACUAAUAUAUUAAAGUUUUAUUAAUGUUUCUGUGGUAUGAAACAGGGUGAGGCUGAGAGCCUGGGACAUUUUAUGUUGUUGUUUAUAUUAUGCUUUAAUGCCGCAGUCGGCCACUGCCGCUCCUUUCGUUUUAUUGUUUAUGCAUAUUUUACGAUUAAAAUUUCAAUUGAAGUUGCAUUUAACAUUCACCUCCUCUUAACUUGAACUUUCUUACAGUUAUGUUAGAUCACUUAAAUUCACAUUAUUUUAUUUCAUUCUAAUGAAACAGCUGCAAGUGAUGAAUUACUUCUCAUACAGGUCACUUUAUUUGACGAAUUAAAAUUGCGGGGUAAUGCAGCACUGUUUACUAGUCAAAAUUAUUAUACUAAUCAUAAAUUUGAGUGUGUUGAAAGUUAACGUUAUACUCUGUGCGUUUGCUCAGUGGCUGGUGUGAGACAGUUGUUGCACAAUGCAGUAAGCUAGAUCGAUAUUAAAAUAUAUUAAUAAAAGAUGGAUGACUUGAGUUGUUAAAUGACAUGCAAUUCAUUUCAAAACAUUGUAUGGUGGAGAAAAUGCUGUAUUACUGUUAUUACAAAUAAAUCUCUUUAUGAUUAUGCAAAGUUAGUCACUUGA